GCAAACAUUCUUUCUAGAUAUACAUUUCCUCGCAUUUCGACCGUUUCAUCUCUUCCGCUUUCUUUUUUUUUUCUUUUCUUUUAUUUAAUAAAUAUUCACGCACAAAAUUGUUCAAGCAGUUAAUUGAUUACCAGGGCAACAGACAAUGCCUAUAUCUGUCAAGGCAACGUUUGCGCAAGAGGGCGUUUUCUUUGCCGGCGAGAAGCUUAAUUGCACCAUUACAUUCACUAAUUCCACAUCACUUACCCAGCUCGUUUCUGCCCCAACUGGUCCUCCUAAUUCAACGCUUCCUUCGCGGCCGUCUUCGACGUUUCAGCGUAAACUACCAGUUCAUCAUGAAGAGCAAGAGAAACAACAGCAACGUUCAAAAGAUGAAGCCAAUGGCUAUAGGGACGAACAAUUAAUGCAGACGAAUACAGAGACCAAGCGUGAUACCACUCCCUUGUCGUCAUCUGCAUCUAGUGCACUUGCAUCCUCCACAAACUCAUCAGCAAACACGCCACCUAGAACGGACACAAAUAUACAGAACCCUCUUCCCGUAUCACAGAAGGUUGAUCCAAUACCCAACAAUGGAAACUUAUUGGAGAACGGCAAUAGAGCUCACUCUAGGCAAGAUAUGCCGUAUCAGCGUCCCUCAACACCUGCCAGCAGAGCUCUAAGUCAGUCACGCCUAUCCUCUGAUAUUAGCCAUAUCGAUGCAACCCAACAUGGCAAACACAUGUCCAAUAAUGAGCGUCUAGAAAAACUGCAAGCAAAUUCAGGGAAAGAGGAGCAAGAGGAACAUGAGCAGACCAUUCCAGCCCCUCCUCGUGAUGAGGAUAGCCCUGGACCACAGAUUCCAACAACAUCUAGACAAGGACAAGUACCAAGGGAUCAGCUGUACUCAACGAACACUCCACAGAGCGGAUCACAAAACUCAGCAUCCUCUCCUGGUCUACUGGGCCUGGCAGGUUUUAUGUAUCGCUCAGCGUCGUUUUCAACGCUAGCUUCGGCUUUUGGUCUUUCAGGAGGAGAGACGGAACAAGUGUAUCCUAAUGUCGAGAAAAAGUUACCACCCUUGCCUCCCCCCGAUGAGUUGGACGAUGGAAGAAGAUCGCCAUUCACAGCCUUAUUACCAGUACAGAUUAUGUCCCCAGAGGACAAAGGACAGAAAACAACAAAAGAGACUGGUCAUCCAGGCAGCAAUUUUAGCAGUGGACAACCGACUGACUCGAAUAUAGAUUCAGAUCAGCUUGCUCGCUUGGGGACACCUAUUGGACUUGGUUUGGACAACAAAGCAAAACCUGGCCGCUCUAGGGCAGCAACGAAUGGAAGCAUAAGCGGAUUGAAAGAAAGUAUGAUCGAGCUGCAGGUCACCGAUAAUGCCGAUACUCACUCCGUAAUAGAUGACGGUGAAUACCAGACGCCCCGACCAUCAAUGGAUUAUUCCACACGAUCAUCUAUGCAGAGUGCCAGGGGGCCUUUCCAGCAGCAGUUUGAGUCGCCUAAACGCAGAGCGUCACUAAUGUCAAACUAUUCAACCCAUUCGAGUCCCAGAGGAUCAUCAAGUCACGUACCAAAGAAGGAAUCAUUACUUUGGGGCUCUGUACAGGUCAUCGGUCAGUUUAUGGUCGAUGGUUCGUUCAUCCGUCAGCAAGGAUUUGAAUCAUUAAAAACCAAGACUAUGUAUCGACCCACAGGUAGCUCUGGAGGUGGCGCAAUAGGAGGUGGCACUUUAGGGAUAGUGAACCCAUCAGACUGGAGGGACAAAGCUAACGCAAACCGUCUUUUCCCUGUGUUUUCAACCCCGCCUUCGAUUUUAUUUGUGGACUUGCAACUAGGUCCAGGCGAAUCUAUUACAUAUUCCUACCAAAUCGAACUCCCAGAGGAUUUACCACCAUCGCAUCGGGGCAAAACAAUCAGAUUUGCUUAUAACCUCAUCCUUGGAGUUCAACGUGGAAGUGUCCAUAUACCAGCCAAGAGUGUUCAGUUACCAUUUAGACUCUAUAACAACAUUUCGGAACAAGGUACUAGACCAGUAUAUGACCUGAUGAGCCCUAUUAUCUUGCACAAGGACACUGCUAUCUCAAGUGUUGCUGGCCAGGGACGCGUUACAGAGAAAUCUUUAGAAAAACCAAAGCUUGCAAGGAAACAGUUUGAGGACUAUGUAAAUGAGCUAAUCAGAAACAUCAAACCCAGUGGUGAGGAAUGCAAUCCAGCACAAGCACGAGAACUCACACGCCGCGAGAGUGAUGCAUACAAGGACGAGGAGACAGUUCUGUCGCACACAUGCUUGGAAAAGGCUACUAUACUUUCUAGGUCAACCAGCCCAGCGAGCUAUGAUAUUUGUAAAAAUAACGUGCCUGUUGCUAAGUUGUCGUUGAUCAAGACACGAUUCAAAUUGGGAGAAACCGUGUACGGAAUAAUCUCAUUCUCCUUACGCGAGAUCCCCACAUAUCAGGUCUCAAUAACUUUAGAGACUGUUGAAGCCAUAGAAGCUAGCUAUGCGUGCCGUACACCAGCUCAGACAGCAAAAUUGACCAAACGUGUCCAUGCGGAGCUCCAUGAAUCUUGUAUCGACACAAUGCGAACUUCAUUUGCGCUUUGCAUCCCUCCUACUGCUACUCCAGAAUUCAAAACAUCUACGUUGACACUGAAAUGGUAUAUUCGUGUUGAGUUUAUCACUGGCCCAGCUAAUCAGCCGCGCUUCAAAAUGACAAGCGUGGAUGAACGGCGCUCUCAAUAUCAAGCUGUUGAUUCACUUUCGACAGAGAACUUCGAUUGCACUGUUCCUAUACAAGUUUAUCCAACUUCAUAUGAGACAGGAGCACUCUAUUCACCUACAGUGGCUUUCAGUCUCUCCUAAAGAAAGCAAGCUUUUUUUCUCAUUAUUGAUACACACAUCUUUAAAACUUG